AUUUCUGUUUGGAUGAUCAAAUAUCAAGUGUUGAUGAUCCUUAGUAUGUAAUAAAUGUCGCCAGAAGCGUCUCUUUUACUUCAGUAUUUUGCAAAUUCACGGGUAUUGGAUAUCGGCAACAGGUUGCUGUGUAUGGUUACAAGUGAAUGCUUGGUUUCGAUACAAGAAUUUAAUUUGUUUAAGUCUUUAAUGAAAAUAAGACUCGGAGCUGAAAUAAAUUCUCGUUGUUCAAUUAGAAUUGAAAUAUUUCAAGCCGUAUGAAUCUGCUGCUUUGAGUAUGAAAUGGCCCAUUACACGUCUACAAUAAGGGGACCUGGUCAUGUUAUGUCGAACAGUUUUAGUCAAAAUAUAAAGUCAUCGUCCAGAAUGACGGAUAUUCACGACAAAACUCAAACAGACCACUCAAUUUUCAUUGGUUAUGGUUCUAAUGCAAAGCUCAUCAAAGAUAGAUGGGAAGCGAGUAAAAGGCAACUUCGUUUUGACAACAAUUACGUCGCAUUAAAAUGGCUGCUGGACAACUUUGUCGACGACUAUUUGCGGUCAAAAAAUCUACAGGAUACCGCCACCUUAAUUCGUCAUCAAAAUGUAACGGUGAAGAAAGAACGAAUCCCUCACGAAGCUAGCACCAGUCAUAGUCGACGAGCAGCGAGCCGCAGUCCUUCAAAAACAAGAUUUGAAGACAUGGCUGCUGCGGAAAACAGUAAAGAGAACGGUAUCAAGGAUAGACAAUCCCGUGACAACUGGUCAGAAUUACGUCAUGGGAUAAGCAAUCGAAAGUCUGCCGAGUCAUCACGCAUGUCCAGCGAUGAUUUUCGGAUGUCAGGACAACAUUCUUACAAAUAUAUUCCUGAUUAUUGGUCACCCUAUUACCACUGGCCUACCAACAUUCCCAUGAACUCUCGAAUGAUGAGUGUUGGUUCCAUCCCUGGAUAUCCCGAAUACAUGAUAAAAACUCCUAGUUGUUCCUCGUUACCCACACGAGACUCCAGUCAGUCGGCUGAUACGUUCACGUCUGCUACAAGCGAGUCAUUUAGGCGAUUUCGUCGCGAUGAAAGGGAGCAUUCGCUGGAAAAAAAAUCUGGCCUCAAUCGAGGCUUGAAAUUUAAAUCCAUGCCCAAUCUUCAAUCCAUUCCAAAGGAUUCCGAUUUGAAUUCUGACGAGGAAGAAGAAAGUCUGAGCGAUUCAGAGAGUCAAGGUGAUCUUAUGUUCUCCAGUUUGUCAAUGCCUAACCUACGAAAGAUUCCUCCCGACCGUACCCCAUUAAACUCUCCACCAACGCGUGAGCGUUACCAAUCAACGUCACUUCUUCGUAGUCGUCACAACGUUUCCAAUCCUUCAAGUUUAUCCAUGCCCAAUCUUCAAGCCAUUCCAGGCAGCGAUCACGACAACCGGAAGAAGACGAUACGCGAAUUCGUCAUGAAUCGUUUGUCCGGUGUCAAGGAACAUGAUUCCGGUGAACUAAAUUCGAAAAUCUACAAUCCUAACGGUUUUUAUGCACCGUCAGCAAUGAUGGACUCAGAACGUAAACUUGUUAUUCGUGAACGUUUAUUGAAUCGUAUGGCAAAACGAAAACGGGAGGAAACGAAUCAGUUACAGCAGCACAACGGAGCUUUGUCGUCCUCUUGUACAUCACAUCUGAAAUUUGCCCCAAGUACUCUGUCUCUCAUCCCUGAGAGAAGAUUGUGGUCAGGAAAAAACUUUUCUAAAACCCCAACGUCAAGUGCUGUACGCACGUUGGAUAAAAAUGAUCGUGUGGAUAAUAACAAGUGGAAAUUUCCCGACUCCGAACAACAAUCUAAAAACAUGUGGAAUCGCUCUCCUGUAAAGAAAGUACAUGUUAAUCCGGGAAUCUGGAACCCAGCCGACGUUCACGUGAAACGGGAAACCUUACCAACAUGUACCUCGAAUGACGUCACUUCGCAACGAGUGGUAACGUCAUCAGUCCGUCAAGAGGAGGAGCGCACAUCCAGGCCUUUACCUAAACUUGAGGAUGUAAAAGAACAAAAUCCCGAUGGGGAUAACGAAGCCAAUAAUUUAGAUGGGAGAACAAGUGAGAAUGAAGAAGAACAUGUUGAUGUGGAGAAUGUAAAGGAAGAUGAAAUGGAGGGAUCUGGGGAGAGCGAUAGUGAAGUGGAGGAUGACACGAGUGAUGAUGAUAGAAAGAAUAAACGAACUAGAAAAACAGAAAAGCCAAGGAAAAGACUGAAGGCUGUUUAGUUAAUUCAUUGUUAUGUUAUCAAAGAUGUAUGCAAUAGAGUUUAUAGAAAACUGUUUGAAGUUAGACUCAUACAAACAUGUAAGAAAAACGCGGUAACUUCAUUGAAUUAUUUGAAAUGUUAUUUACACUAGAAACGAGAGUCGUAUAGAAAUGUCGAAAUACCAUCUGUAAAUUUAUUUUUUUACUAUUCACGUUGUGAAGUAAGUUGUAUUAGCAAUAUUGUCCUCGUGUAAUGUGUUCAAUGAUUAAAUCUUUGUGAGACUA